UGCCCUCCUUGCAGCAUGGACUGCCAAAAGGAAGCCCAUCUUCUAACUCUGCUUUUAGGUUGUAUCGGCGUGGGAUUUGUGACAACCUAUCUGUCAGAAAGUCUCAUGAAUGCUUACCUCACCGCAGCAGCACUGCAUGUUAUUAUAUCCCAGUUCUCCUUCAUCUUUGGGAUUGUAAUUGACUUCCAUUCAGGCCCCUUGGCAUUUUUUUACAACUUCAUAUAUUACUGCAUGAGCCUCCCAAAAGCUAAUUCCACCAGUAUAUUGCUCUUCUUGCUUUCUAUACUAAUGCUGAGGGUCAGCAAAUGCAUUAAGAUAACUUACAAACACUAUCCUGUAGAGUUUCCUAUGGAGCUUCUUUUGAUAAUUGUAUUUGCCAUACUAUCUACCCAGACACGUCUGUAUGCUGAAUCCAGUAUGGGAGUUUUUUCAAUGGCCCCCCAGAGAUUUCUGCAUCCCACAUUACCUGACUUUUCAAAAUUGAAAAAGAUUAUAUUGCAUGCGUCAUCCCUGGCAAUAGUGAGCUAUUUCCUUCUUAUAUUUGUGGCAAAGAAGUAUGCAAAUAUUCACAACUAUCACAUCAGACACACUCAGGAAUUAAUGGCAAUUGGGCUAUGCAAUGUCACCAGUUCAUUUUUUAAAAGUUUUGUUGUCAGUUGUGCUAUUUCUACAACUGUUAUUCAGGAGAAGACAGGUGGAAAAACUCAGCUUGCAGCUCUUAUUGGAGUUUCCUUAAUGCUGGUACUUGUGCUAAAAUUGGGAAGCUACUUCCAGUUCCUUCCUAAUGCUGUUUUGGCAGCUAUCGUACUUGUCAACAUGUUCCCAUUUCUUGAAAAAUUUAUGGAUGUCCCUUUCUUGUGGAGGCAAGAUAAAUAUGAUUUUGGAAUUUGGAUUGUGACCUUUCUCGCUGUACUCUGUCUUGGUCUAGAUAUUGGCUUGGGAAUUGCUAUGGGAUUUGCCUUCUUCAUAAUAAGUGUCAGGUCACACAGAAUGAAGAUGUUGACAUUGGGUCAGAUUCCAAACACCAAUAUUUAUCGUAGUUUUUCUGACUAUGCUGAGGCUAUAGAGAUUCAGGGAGUUAAAAUAUUCCAGUGCUGUGCCUCCAUUUCAACAGCAAAUAUGAAACAUUUCAAAGCCUACAUUUUACAAAAGAUGGAUAUGAAAGCAGUGCCACUUGAUGAAAAUGAGAUGAGAGCUUUGAUCUCAGUCAGUAUGUCUAGUGUUAAAGGACAGAACAAGGAUUUAAACUGUGCCUGUGUUUGUGAUCCACCUGAACCAUUACUCAGGAUACCUUACACAGAGAAACUUCUAAAGCGAGUUCAUACAGCUAAUGAGACAUCAUCUGCUUCUUCUUUGGCUUUGGUACGCUGGUCAAGAAUUGAGAAGAGAUACCCUUCUGAGACUCAAUACAUGGAAAGGGCAACAGGACAUGAUUAUGUAAAGAGGAAAGAAGAUCUGAACAGGUUAUGGUUUUGCUCAGAUCCUCCUAUAACAAGAUCCACAACUCAUUUGUACCCACUUGAUUCAGAGUCCUCAACAUAUAUGAUCCACACCAUUAUUUUAGAUUUCAGCAUGGUGCACUUUGUUGAUUUACAAGCUUCCUAUUUAUUACGGGAGCUGUGUCAUGUGUUUCAGAAUAUUGGUAUCACAAUCCUGAUAGCUGCCUGUCAUCCCACUGUAAUAAGAAGUUUUGAAAAACAUGAUUUUUUUGACCAGUGUGUUACUAAAGCACGGUUCUUUCCAACCCUACAUGAUGCUGUACUCUUUGCAGUGGAGCCAGAUCUCUUGCAAGAUACUGUGCCGGUAGAACCCAGUACCACACUGCCAGAGGAAGUGUUGGCAGAGGUGAUUUUAGAUGAGGAAAAGGAGAGAAGAAGUCAGCACUCGGGGAGAAGUCAGCAGUCAGAUAGGCGGAGCUUGCAGUCAAAUGGAAACAGAGAUACUACCUCCGUAAAAUCUUUACGGAGUGACGCUUACAUUGAUGAGCCCAUAUCAGAUCUUUUCCGCACAUAUUCUCUCCAGAGUGAGAUAGAGACAAUCCCUCAUCACCAUCUUGAAACAUCUCGAGCGGAAGAAAAUGAAGAUGAUCAAGAUUGGGAGGGGAAAUGGAAAUAUAGCAGUGACAUCUAAAUUUUGAGAUCUAUUGGAAUUAGCUACAUUAAAAAUGGUACAGCUAUGACACAGUUCAGGUAAUUCUCAUAUGGACUGUUACUUUUUUGUUUUGCCUUUAAAUUAAUAUUAUUAAAAAGCUAACCAUUCUUUUGCUGAUAUUGCAAGGGGAAAUGCUGCAGCACUUAUGGAUCUUAUCAUAAACAUAAAGAAAAAAAUUUAUAAAAGAAUUUUUUUGUAAAAUUUUAACCAGCAAUUGAAAUUAACUAUGCCACUGAGAACCAUUAAUUAAAUUGUUUGAUUAAUUUCUAAAA